GAAUCUGAUUGAACGUCUGUGAAUCUGAUUCCGAACUGUUCACAGAUGGAUGCUUUGAUAUCACAUAGCUCAAAAAGCUAUUAUGCUUGUGUUGGGGAGAGUACUCAUGCUUAUCAGAGCCCUUCGAAAGAUCUCACUGCCAUCAACAACCGCUUGAACAGUACCCGAAAGCUCAGAGGCACUCUCAACUUCGACAACGUUGAUGUAGGCUUGGUCAGUGAUUCUAUGGUGGCCAGCAGCCUGUACCUUCAAAAUGGGAGUAGUGCAUCCUCACCGGGUGCCCCAGUGAAAACUGAGCAACCUGACUCAUAAUCCAACGGCUGUAUAGUUUUCCUCUUCGUAAAUCUAGUCCUUUGAUUCUUCGUAGUUAUUUUAUGCAUUUUCCGUUUAUGACACAGGGUUCUGAAUGAGCGGCCGGAGUUACGUAGAAUGGCCGCCACAGGCUCCCUUACUUUCCCAUGUACUGAUGAUACAUGUUAGGUAGGUUUGCUAAUUUGAAUAAAAGUUUUGUUUCUCUUGUUUU